AUGAAUUCAAAUGAAAGUAUGUGUCGAUAUGAACAAAUUCUUAUACAAUAUUCUUCAACGAUACUUUUAACAAAUAUAUUUGUUAUGACUUUAUUUCGUUUAUUAAAAAAUAAUUUUGAAAAAAAAUUUCAUUUAAUUUUUUUUUUAUUUUUUAUUAGUUUAAUUUUACAAACAAUUAUAACAAGUCUAUGGUUAAUUAUAAUUAAUAUUAAACAAAUUAAAUAUCAUUAUCAAACAUGUUUUCAUCAUAUACAAAUACAUUUCUGUAUUCAUGCACAACAACCAUUAUUAUUAUCAUCAUUAUCAAUACCAAUUAUAUUUAUUUUAACAAUAUUUAAUAUUUAUCGUUUUACAAAACCAUUUGCUAUUGCACAAUUACUUGAAGCAAUUAUAUCAUCUAUUGGACUUGUCAUGAGUGGUAGUAUGUGGUAUAUGGAUUUAUUUUUUUCAGCACAUCCACAAAUGCCAAAUAGAUAUGUUGCUUUUGUUUUUUUACUUACAUAUAUGUUACCAAGAGUAUGGAUUUCUGAACUUGAACGUUCACGAAUAACAGUUGAAGAAGUUAAACCUUUACUACAUGAUGAAGUUAAAUUUCAGAAUGGUAAUUGUACAAUACGUUUUAAUGAUGAGGAUGAUGAUGAUGAUGGUGAUGAAGAAAUUAAUACUCAUUUUUCUCGUCAACGUUAUCGAGAAGAUCUUUCGCAACAAAAUUCAAUAAACAAUCCUAAUACGAAAUCAAUUAUUCGUACAAAUGAUAUGUCACCUGGUGAAAUAUUCUCUUCAAUACUUGAUAAAUAUGAUUCAAAAUCGAGUGACUAUCUUUAG